AAUUAUGAAAAACUGACAAAGGGCAAGAAAAGACAAAAAAAUAAUGAUAAUGAAGACGAAGACAACAAUGAGACUGCCCAAUCUCUUAGAAAAAGGAAUGGAAAGCCCGAAGCUCUGAAAGACAUGACAAACAUUUUUGAAGUUUGUCAGUGGUUAGUUCUAGAAAGGCCAGAUAUAUUAACAACAGCAAACCAAAUGCGUGCUAUACAAACGUCUUUAGAUUCGUCUGCUAUUACAGUUCCUCAGCCUGAAGUAACCAUAGCACCAAGGAACCUUACUGAUGAUAAA